UUGGGUUUUCAAUUAUAUUUAUCUACAGUCGACACUAGUUGUUUGUGGCUCUCUUUCUCUCUAUGUAUAUAUAUACACAUACACGCGGGUGUGUGUGUGUAGAUGCGCCAUAUCUACAACUCUAGAAAACCACACACACACACGCACACACAAGCAGCAAGAUCAGCUGAAUCAAAAGAGAAAAAGGAAAAUGGGGAUAAAGAAGGCGAACAAGGCGGCGUCGAAUCAGGCAGGAGGAGGGCUGAAGCAGAUUCUGAAGAGGUGCUCGAGUUUCGGCAAGAAGACCGAUGGCUGUCACGACGAUGUCCCGAAGGGUCACUUCGUCGUCUAUGUCGGAGUCUCCAGAAGCCGACACGUCGUCCCCAUCUCCUGGCUCACCCAUCCCAUGUUCCUGAUGUUACUUCAACAAGCUGAGGAAGAGUUCGGGUUCUGCCAAGAAACUGGCCUCACCAUCCCUUGUGACGAAGAUGUGUUUCACUCUCUGGUGGCUUCCAUCAGAUGAAAUUAUUCUCCUUUAGACCCCAUUUCUUCGCUUCUCUAGGGCUUUUUUUUUGGUUGGGUGACAAACGACGGAACCA